AAUAUGGGUAAUUGAUGCGAAACUAGAGAAGAUAUUAUCGAAAAUCUUCCUGGAUCAAUCAAGCCUCGUCAGAGGAAGGAGCCAGGAGGCAACAAUAAUAUUCUAUCAUUCUUUGGAGCAGAGGAUCCCAAGCCAUGACCUUUGAAAGUGUUCUUCAUCUGUUUAAAAUUUGUCUACUUCCUUAAGGUCAAGAAGGAAAUCAAAGAGUACAUUAUUGAGAACCCUCAGAUUCUGAAAACACCGGAUAGCUUAAAAGGCGAUGUACUAAAGAAGGCCAAAUUUGAGUAUGUACAAGAUAUCAUUAAGAAGUUGAAGAAGCACAGGAAUAAUACCUGUCCUUUUAAAGAUAAGAGAAAGCAGACUUUUAAAGGAAUGACUCCUCUUGAAUCAGGCGAUAAGUAUCAAGGUACAUGGGUUGAGAAUGACCAAGGAGAGCUUAUUAUUCAUGGAAGAGGAUUGUAUAUUUACUCAAACGGAUCCCAGUAUAUAGGGUGGUUCAAUGAAGGAGAAAUUGUAGGCAUGGCCAGGAUUGUCUAUCACAAUGGUGAUAUUUAUGAAGGUCUAACUAAAGAUUCCAAGUAUACUGGGAAUUCAAAGUACAUCUUUGGCGAAAGCCACCCCAUAAGUGGGUUCUAUGAAGGAGAAUUCAAAAAUAACCAGAUCACUGGCAACGGAAAAUUCAAGGUAUCAUCUAGAAGACCUCUUACCCAUAUUUUCGGAGAAGUACAAGUGGAGACAGAUUAG